AUGUGCCCAACACAACCAAUAAUAUCAGAAUCAACAAAAAUAGACAUCAACAUGUUAAAUGAAUUUUCGAAAGAACAGCGCCUCGAAGAUAAAAAAGAACGCUUUCUGUUGACCAACGACGGUAAUUUUCCUAAAACAGUUCCGUUGUGUUGCAAAGGGCAUGUAGUCGGAGGGGGACAACCAUUUCAGUUUUUUAUCAUUAUUGGUGUGUUUUUAUUGUUGACUUCUUUGCACUCCGCGUUUACUCUUCGGUGGCUUUAUACAGCGGCACACCCUAUUUUUAUUGUUUUGUCAAUCAUCCUAUUUGUACCAACAAUAGUUUCAUUUAUGGACCCUGGUAUUGUACCAAGGAGAGUCUUUGGGUUGGGACGGAAUUCAAUGAUGUUAACGACCGACUCAAAGAUGGUCCAAUUUAAAAGUGCUGAUGUGGUAUUAUAUUAUUGUAAAUCAUGUUAUUUUGACAAACCUCCCAAAACAAUUCAUUGCAGACAAUGCAAUAAUUGUGUUGAUCAAUUUGACCAUCAUUGCCCGUUUCUUAAAAACUGUGUUGGAAGGCGAAAUUAUCGAGUGUUCUACACCAUGCUCAUUUUCUCGUUGACGUCAUUGUUGUACGUUGCAGUCACUUCUUUUCUUGCGUGUUUUUUGAUGAUUGAACGUCCUUGGUCGACAGAAAAUGCCAAAAGUGCUUUUAAACAGCACUUUUAUUUUGAGCCGAUCAUUUGUGCAUUGACUCUCCCUUUCAUAGUAUUUUCCGGUAAUUUGCUUGUGAUGCACACGUAUCAAAUAUCAAGAAGGAUAACAACGAAUGAAAGAAUAAAGAAAAUGCCGAACGUCUAUUCUUUAGGCUUUUGGGGGAAUUGGAAACAUUUUUUAUUUAGUCCAUUGCCUCCACCUUGUGUCAAUCAAAAGGUAAUAAGGAGGGGCAUCCAUUUCUACUCCCUUCAAAUCGACUUACCAAAUUUUGUAUAA